GGGGGGAAUUCUGUAUUAGUUAUAUUGUUUUGUUAUGCCAGAAAAGAAAGUUUCUAAAAAAGUUAGCUUUUGCACCGUAGAAGAUGAAGCUUUUCCGCAACAUUCUAUUAAAACUCUCAUCUUUAAAUCGCUAAAACGUUCUCACGACAUGUUUUUGUCUGAGUAUCAUUCUUCUUCACCUAUCGAUGAGUUAAGCCAGAAAACGAAGAUUUUUGCAAAGAUUUUGGGUGAAUAUCAACAUGUAAAAGAUAAAAUUGUUGCUGAUGAAGUUCAAAAUGUAGACAAUUCUGAAGUUAUAGUGGAAAAGCAAAAGCCAAGCGAGUUGGCUGAUCUUGAUAUUAAAGUAGAAGUUGAAGGAAGCUCCAAAAAAUUUGACACUGAACCUGAAUCUUCAUCUUCAAGUCUUGUAAAAGUUAUUGAUUCUGUAGUAUCUGCCCAACCUUUAAAAAAAAUCAAGUCCAGUGCCGUUGCCACAUUCUCUGAAAAUAAAGAGCUGGCCACUCGACCACGUGCUGCUCCUUUUACUCCAAAGCCCCAAUUUCAUCCACAUUGGAAACUAUAUCGCGUAAUUUCUGGUCACUUAGGUUGGGUCCGCUGUUUAGCGUUUGACCCGACCAACCAAUGGUUCUGCACGGGGAGUAACGAUAGAACAGUGAAGGUUAUUAUUUUUGUAUCAUUAAUUAUUAUUUUAAAAAAGUUUUAG